UUGGGCUCCUGCCAGCGAUAGCGGCCGUCCCUCCCUCCCUGCUUCCCGCCCUCCCUCCUCCCUGGGGCUGGGACGAGUGAGCGGGGCUGCUGCAGAGCCACGGUGCAGCCGCCGCGGGGACGGCACGAAGGCAGCAGCGAGGGAGGCACCGGGUUGGCCCCACUGAUACCGGGUCAGCUCAGGAGGAGCCGCAGCGGUCGGGUGAUGGAAGGCUCGAGCAGCAAGAAGCGGCGGUGAGCAGGGCGUGCGCGGGGGGCAGCCCCAUGGGGAUUCGGUCACCGGAGGGGCUGGUGCAGCAUGGAGGCUGCCAUCACCCUGCCCAAUGCCUCCAGUAACAGCAGCCAGGCCGGCAGCCCCCCACACUCACCGGCGGCCACCGGGCUCAUCCUGCUGGCCGUGCUGGCCGUGCUGCUGGCCACGCUGGUGGGCAACGCGCUGGUGGUGGCAGCCGUCUCCACCAGCCGGGCCCUGCGCGCCCCGCAGAACCUCUUCCUGGUGUCCCUGGCUUCAGCGGACAUCUUGGUGGCCAUCCUCAUUCUGCCCUUCUCGUUGGCCAAAGAGGUGAUGGGCUACUGGUACUUCGGCAGCUUGUGGUGCAGCCUCUACCUGGCGCUGGAUGUGCUGCUGUGCACAGCCUCCAUCGGGCACCUCUGUGCCAUCAGCCUGGACCGCUACUGGGCUGUCACGCGGGCGGCACGGCUCAACCUGCGGCGCAGCCCUGGCCGCGUGAAGGGGAUGAUCGGGGCGGUGUGGGCCGCGGCCGCCCUGGUGGCCUUACCGCCCCUCUUCAAGGCCCGGCCGCGGGCACGGCAGUGCGAGCUGAUCGACGAGACGUGGUACGUGCUGGCCUCCUGCGUCGCCUCCUUCUUCGCCCCGUGCCUCGUCAUGGUCACCGUCUACUGCCGCAUCUACCGCCUCACCAUGCGUCGGAGUGCCGCCGUGCUCGCCGCCCGCCGUGGCUCGGCCCCGUGCCCUGGGGAUGCCAACAGGAGGGCAUCAUGGGCUGCAGCACCGAGCCGGCGGCACCGGAGCCAGCACCAGAGCGUGUCGCUGUGCCGGCGGCGGUUACUGCGGGUGCGGGAGCGGCGCUUCACCAUCGUGCUGGCCGUGGUGAUGGGGGCCUUCGUGCUCUGCUGGUUCCCCUUCUUCUUCACCUACAGCCUGGAGGCCGUGUGCGGGGAGGGGUGCCGCGUCUCCAAGCCCCUCUUCAGCUUCUUCUUUUGGAUCGGGUACUGCAACAGCAGCCUCAACCCCAUCAUCUACACUGUCUUCAACAGGGACUUCCGCGCUGCGUUCCGCAGACUCCUGGCUGCCCUGGUCCGGCACGGCUCCUAGGGACCCCCGGGGCAGCCACCCCACUGCGCUGUGACAGGGAUGGGGGAUGGAGGGCUGUGCUGCUGGGUCUGAACUCAAGGUACUUCCAGAAGCGCAGGGUUUUGCAGGGCAGUGAAUAAAAAAAGGCAGAACUGCACACCCAGGGCUGGUGUCUGCAUCCCAGGAGCACUCAGCUCUGCUCCUCUCCCAGGUCACCCCAUCUACCCCCGGUGUCUCUUGCAGCCAUGAUUUCUCAAUGGUGGCACCUGCAUUGAGUACCAGCAAUUUGUGCCACCUCACCCUGGCUGGAUCUGCUGGAGACUGAGCAAAUGUCAGUUCCUCUGCAUGCACGUGAGUAACUUCUGGCACAAAGCACAGAGACAGACCCUGCAGCUGCUGCAGGACCAAAGCCCCAGAUGGCAAUAUUGUGGCCACUGGGCUGAGCAGCCUGUGCUGUGCAGCACCACAGCACAGCCCAGUGCCUUUGCUGGGGCUCUCCCAGCUAUGCCCCCCAGCAUAAUCUAUGCCAUGCUGCAGAAGUACCAGGGAUGCCCCCAUAGCCUGCUUGGGGCUUCAAGAGGAGAGGUUGUUCUCUCCUGAGAGAGUGUAGGAGAUGUUUCCACACGGAAACACAGGGCACGAGGGGGCAGGGGGCAACUGUAGGGUGGAGACCGAGGGCAGCCACAGCCCCAGUGCUGGGCAGGGCAGGCCAGCCCCGCUGCUCCACACAGACACGCAGGGGUCAGAGGAGGCUCGGCUUCUCCAGCUUCACAGCUCAAAAUAGAAAAUCUCAAAACAUUAAACUUUUGCUUGGCUAAAAACAGCCACCGGCGCCUGGGAGCCGGAGCCCAAGGAACGCCGGCCCAGGGCCAGCCCUGGGGUGCAGCGAGGGAUGUACGGCCCCAGUCAGGGCAUGGCAUGGCCCCAUUCCCCGUGGGGAUGCUGUGGGACAGGCCCAGCACUGGCCCUGCCGCGGAAGGAGCUGCCCUAUCGGCACCGCCUGCUUCCCUCCUGCAGCCAGCCUUCAGCCUUUGCACAAUUAAACAGCACUUUGCAUCUAAAAAUACUCAUGAACGUGAUGGGGGCACAGCUGGUUCAGCUGGGGAGCGAUGCUUCGUAACCCACUGUGACGCCCUGGAUGGGUUGCUCUGUCUCCUUCUAUUCAGGGUUCACAAAGUCAGCUUAAUCCCCAGCAGCAUCACCCUUAUUGCUGCUCAGCUGCUGAGCAGCACUGCUGGAACGGUGAUCCCCUGCGAGCACUGAUUAUCCCUGCCUCCAUGUAUUACUUGUGCUUGCCGGAGCUGAAUUGCAUCCUGUAUUUUCAGGCUGUUUCUCACAUUUGUCCAGAUUAGUUUGAAUGAUUAUUCUGUGCUGCAAGAAACGUGGGUUUGCAGAGCUCUCCUGCAGCCUCAGCUCCUCUGCAGAGCCCAAAGCAGAGCCCCAUUUCUACCAGCAGCAGGACAUCUGUGCCUGCCCUGAUGCAAAACGCCAUUGAGGAGGGAACAAAGCUGCUACCUAUGGGGCCCACGUGCAAGCACACGCAUACAGAGCUGUUGCGUUUGAGGCUCGGGGUAAGCAUAUGUCACCUUUAAAAGCAGAACAGCUCUGAAAAGGGGAAGCUCUCAGUGUGAGCUGAUGUGGGGACCGACACCGGAGACAAAGCCAGUGAUGCCACAUCUGAUCCCCAGCAGAUGCUGAAGGAUGCAGCAGACCACAGCCAUUACAAAUUGCACAGGCAACGAGCGCUCGCAAUAAUGCCUUAUUAUCGGGAGAGAUAAUGAGAACAGGAACCGGUUCUUUCCUGCUCGCCGGCAGGGCGGCCUGGGCCGGCCCCCAGAGCACAGGCUGCAGGAAGGCUGCAGGAAGGCUGCCGUGCAGCUCGCUGCUGGGGGGGCACAGAAACACGGAGCCCCACCAGCGCUCAGGGUGCCCCACAGUGACUCGUUGGCGAGCGGAGCGAGCAGGAGGCUACCGUAAUGCAGCCUUCAUUCAGUCAGAGCCCACAGCUGAUGGAAGGGCAGCAGGAAAAGACAUUUGAAUGAACAGAAAGAAUGAGCCACCAGAACCAAGAACAAAC